AUGGCUCAACCUGGUGGACAAAUGUUUCAAGCCGCCGCGAGUCAUUUCCCUUGGGAUGUUUCUGAAGGCUCUUUGUUGGCUCUUGCUCCUCCUGCUCCUACAAGAUGCAACCACGAACGCUCGAGAACUGCACCGACCCUCCCACCACUCUUCACAAGAACACAGUCCUCUUCACCUACGAGAUCCUCAGCACUCCCGGCUUUUCUGCGUCCUCAAAGCACGCGGUCUCUAUCUCCUGAGAGAGUCUUAGCAUUCGAGGCCGCACAAUACAAAAUUACUCAGACACCGCCAGAAGAACAAGCUACAAAGAAAAUGACCUCUUCCGCUGUCGACAAGCUGGCCAGUUGGUUUGACGGAUCCUCUGAGCCAGUCAACAUAUCUUUGAUCCCUUCUCCCACAAAAGAAAAACUAGACCCCGUGGCCGAAAGCGGAGGAAUGGAGAACUUCUUCUCAGCAAGCGAGGAGUCGGUGGACCCAUUUACAAGACGCCCACAAAGAAACUCCACCUCAAACGGGCCCGCACCUUCUGGCCCAUCAAGGUUCGGUUUUUUCCGAAAAGCAACCACAGUGUCACCAAACUCUCCGAACCUUGGCGAGGAAGAUGAAUUGAGCCAGCUCGAUGUGAGGGAGGUUUUAUUUCCACAGGGAUACCCAGAUAAUUUCUCCCCGGCAUCUUUCAAGAAUCUACAACUAAACGCCGAAGGAAUACUACGUCGAUUCCAACAUGCGCAUAUCGAACAACAGAAGUCUCUGAAGACACUUACGGCAACCAAGGUAUCUCAAGCAGAUGAGCUGGAGGCGGCAAACACACGCGGCGAGCACUUAAAGUUCCAACUAGAAGACAUGGCCCAGAAAGCAGCGGAGCAAGAGAAAGCAAUUGUGGACUUGAGGGGUCAGCUUGCGAUCCAAAGAGCAUCCCUCGACUCACAUCUUUUGCAUCAACGGCAGAGCGUCCGAAUGGUGCAGAAUGAUGAUGACACUCCAGAACAACAGCACGAGUCAGAUCCCCGAUCAAAGUGGCGAAGACAUCGCGUAUCUGACAUCUCAACGUCAGAAGAUUCAGAACCAGGAUCUUCCGCAAGCUCGGUUGUCAGCAUCUUCUCAGAACCGUUGUCCGCCACGCCUUCUACCGCCAUCUCCAUCUCGAGUCCGGUCUCGAAAGCCACUAUUUCAAGCGAUGGUGGGUGCUCCAAAUGCCAUGGGCUGGGCGCCAACGAAGCCUGGGAUGUCGUUGGAGUAAUGAAGCUUGAGUCGGCCGCUCUGAAGUCUCGCGUCUCAGAGCUAGAAAAUGCCCAGGAUGAGGCAUUGGAUUUCUUGAGUGGACUGAAGUUGGAUUGA